GGGAUGUCUGCUGGAUUUUUUUUUUUUUUCUCUUCCAGAUGGUGGUAAGUUUUGGGUGGCUUUGGAGCUCAGGGAGUGGAGGUUCGGGGAUGAAAGAUGUGUGUGGGGGCUGAGUUGGGCAGUGUAGCCAGCUCAGGGGCAGCCUGUCUCUUGCCUCCUGCCAUUCCCAGAACAGGUGCCUUGUCCUGGUGCCUGGGUGGACGGGCAGAUAUGAAUGAGCACAGGCUCACUCUGUAGCUUUCUCCUUUCAGCAGAUACUCAGGGAAUACUCAGGAUGUGUCAGGGGUCAGCUUAAUCCCUGACACUCAGGAUGCUGAGGGAGUCAAAAGGAAGGCCAGCUCCACAGAAGCUCAUACCUGGUGGGAGAGAAACACCUAUAAUGAGGUAUGAGGAGCUCAGUUUUCCAGGUGUGGAAAAAAAAGGGGGGUGGGAGCAGUAAGGAGGAAGUGUUGAUUGUGGCAGUAGUUACUAUUCUUUUCUUAAGGAAGUCCUCAUAGACCAGGCACUGCAUAGAUUUCAGUGCCUGUGUGAGUGACCCACUUGGCCACUGAGUGGGUGGCCUGAGCUUCACAAGUCACGACAGAGCUGGCAUUCAGAGGAGGUGACCAUGCAGACACACAGCAGGCUGGCACCAGGGGAGGAGUGAGCCCAGUGCAGGUCAGACUUUUUCUUAAAAGGACAGUCUUCCUAAAUUCCAUGACAGUGAAGAUUUGGAAGUUUUCCACAAUGGCAGUGCUUCUGGAAAAGUCUAAGGGAGUGUAAGAGGCUUAACCUUCAGUAGCAGAAAAAUCAGGCCACCAGCAAGUGACCAAGUCAGAGGGAAUCUCUUUGUUAAGAAAGACAACUAGAUCCAUUUCUGAUUAGUAUCUUCCAACACCUGUGGAUUACUGAAGGAAAUCAGACCAGAUCUGAAAAUUGUCCAGACUUCCAUUGAAUUAAAAGAGUAAAUAAAAAGAAAGGAUACUACAGUUGCUUUUACACAAAUCUGUUCUAUUUGAGAGACAACAAGAAGAUUAUAGUUGAAAUUUUUAUCCAAAAAGUUUCAUGAACACAUUCUGCACUUAAACCACUGCACAUAGAAUGGAUGAUGGUUAUCGAAACAGGCCAAAUUUCUACCACGGAGCAAGGGAUAUAGCUCAAGAGGCAACCAUGCAGACCCGAAACCAAGGAAUGAAUGACUACAAAUAUCAGGACAACUAUGAAGGCUAUGCCCCCAAUGAUGGCUAUUACCGUGGCAAUGAGUCCAACCCAGAAGAGGAUGCACAGAGUGAUGUUACAGAAGGCCAUGAUGAGGAGGAUGAGAUCUAUGAGGGAGAGUACCAGGGCAUCCCUCACCCAGAUGACAUCAAGGCCAAGCAGACCAAGAUGGCUCCCUCUAGGGCAGAUGGCCUUCAGGACCAAGCUGACAUGAUGGCUGAGAGAAUGGAAGAUGAGGAGCAAUUGGCUCACCAGUAUGAAACCAUCAUUGAUGAGUGUGGCCAUGGGCGCUUCCAAUGGAUCCUCUUCUUUGUCUUGGGUUUGGCCCUGAUGGCUGAUGGGGUGGAAGUGUUUGUGGUGAGUUUUGCUCUGCCCAGCGCAGAGAAAGACAUGUGUCUGUCCAGUUCCAAGAAGGGAAUGCUUGGGCUGAUAGUCUACCUGGGGAUGAUGGCAGGGGCCUUUAUCCUAGGGGGCCUGGCUGAUAAGCUGGGGAGGAAGAGAGUCCUCAGUAUGUCUCUGGCCAUCAACGCCUCCUUCGCCUCUCUGUCCUCCUUCGUGCAGGGGUACGGAGCCUUCCUCUUCUGCCGACUCAUCUCAGGCAUAGGUAUUGGGGGUUCUCUGCCCAUUGUCUUUGCCUAUUUUUCUGAAUUUCUGUCUCGGGAAAAGCGAGGAGAGCACCUCAGCUGGUUGGGCAUCUUCUGGAUGACUGGGGGCCUCUAUGCAUCUGCCAUGGCCUGGAGCAUUAUUCCACACUAUGGCUGGGGCUUCAGCAUGGGCACCAACUACCACUUCCACAGCUGGAGAGUGUUUGUCAUCGUCUGUGCCCUGCCCUGUACCGUGUCCCUGGUGUCCCUGAAGUUCAUGCCGGAGAGCCCAAGGUUCCUGCUGGAGAUGGGCAAACAUGAUGAAGCGUGGAUGAUUCUCAAACGAGUCCAUGACACCAACAUGAGAGCUAAGGGCACCCCAGAGAAGGUGUUCACGGUUUCCAACAUCAAAACUCCCAAACAAAUGGAUGAAUUCAUUGAGAUUCAAAGUUCAACAGGAACUUGGUACCAGCGCUGGCUUGUCAGAUUCAAGACCACCUUCAAGCAGGUGUGGGAUAAUGCUCUGUACUGUGUGAUGGGGCCCUUCAGGAUGAACACACUGAUUCUGGCCGUGGUCUGGUUCACCAUGGCUCUGAGUUACUAUGGACUGACAGUUUGGUUCCCUGAUAUGAUCCGGUAUUAUCAAGAUGAAGAAUACAAGUCCAAAAUGAAGGUGUUUUUCGGAGAGCACGUGUAUGGUGCCACAAUCAACUUUACAAUGGAAAAUCAGAUUCACCAACAUGGGAAACUUGUGAACGACAAGUUCACGAAGAUGUACUUCAAACACGUACUUUUCGAGGACACGUACUUUAAUGAGUGCUAUUUUGAAGAUGUUACAUCAACUGAUACCUAUUUCAAAAACUGUACCAUUGUAUCAACUGUCUUUUAUAAUACAGAUCUCUACCAGCAUAAGUUCAUCAACUGCCAUUUCAUCAACUCUACUUUUAUGGAGCAGAAGGAGGGCUGCCACAUGGACUUUGAACAAGACAAUGACUUCCUGAUUUACCUUGUCAGCUUUCUGGGCAGUCUGUCUGUCUUGCCAGGGAACAUCAUUUCUGCCCUGCUCAUGGAUAGAAUUGGAAGGCUCAAGAUGAUUGGUGGCUCUAUGCUAAUCUCAGCAGUCUGCUGCUUCUUCCUAUUUUUUGGCAACAGUGAAUCAGCGAUGAUUGGUUGGCAGUGCCUGUUCUGUGGGACCAGCAUUGCAGCCUGGAACGCUCUGGAUGUGAUCACCGUGGAGCUGUAUCCCACCAACCAGAGGGCAACAGCCUUUGGCAUCCUCAAUGGAUUAUGCAAGUUUGGUGCCAUCCUGGGGAACACCAUCUUUGCUUCUUUUGUUGGGAUAACCAAGGUGGUCCCCAUUCUCCUGGCUGCUGCUUCUCUUGUUGGGGGUGGCCUGAUUGCUCUUCGACUUCCAGAGACCCGAGAACAGGUUCUGAUGUGAACAGCCAAAAUGGGAAGGAAAUGUUGGUCAAAUCUCAUCCAAGAACCUUAAAUACGCCCAACACUUCCUGUCUGUCUCUCUCCAUGCCACACAUGGACAGCACAGAAGGAGAAAUUGAUUUUGUGAUCCCCUAGUUUAGGACCCAUUUCAGCUGUCAAUGUGUUUGUAACUCAGGUGAUUGGUUUGGGGUGUGUCUCAAGCCAUCCUUAGGAUCACAAAUCUGUGUGCUUGGCUUCAUUCAGGUCUCCCAAGCCCAACACAAAGGAGGACCUUGCCUUCCUUCAGGGUGCACAGAGUAAGCAGGCCUGAGUGCAUUUCCCUGAGUUGGGUGUAAACACUUAUUUGCAUUUCUAAAUGAAUUGGGAAUGAGAAACUGUCAAGCUCUCCCAUGAUGCUCCUUGAAGCCCAAUGAUCUAACAAAUGUUCUUUGCAGGGAAUUAGAAUCACCAUGUUAAAAUGGGGCUUGGACUAUAGGAUUCAUCUAUGUUUGCAUUUGAAAGUUUUACCUAUCAUAUUUUCAAUGUGAAAAUUGGCACAGUAGUAUUCAACAUAUUCAGAUAUAGGAAACCAAAUAUUUGAGCAAUACCUAUAUAAUUCUGUUCUCCCUCCCCAAGUGUCCUAAGCUUUCUGUGAUCAUUAGGUGAUACAUUUAAGAGUGAUGUUUAUUGUUAUUUUGAUCUAUUCAGAGAAAUGUAUGGAGAUAGGCAUUCUGUAAACUAACUUUGUACAUAACUCUCUUGGUUUCAAUGGCAGAAAUGGUAUCUACAGAUAGUUGCCAGUAUUUUAGCCAUAUUUGGAGAGGACUUGGUUUUUGAGAUCCCAGGAAACUGAGUAUGAGUGAAUGAAAUGCAAGCACAAUUUCUAAAGCCAUCUAACUUGCUGUCUAGCAAACUCACUUUUGUAAAGUUCACUUAAUCCAGGCACUUUACCUCCUGUAGGUGGAGUAGAUACUUUUUUCUCUUACACAUAUCAUUUUAUUUUAUUUUUAAUAAUUUUUAAUCUUUAUUUACUUGAUAGAGACAGCCAGAAAUUGAGAGGAAGGGGGGAUAGAGAGAGGGGGAGACAGAGAUAGGAGACAGAGAGACACCUGCAUCACUGCUUCACCACUUGUGAAGCUUUCCUCCUGCAGGUGGGGACCAAGGACUUGAACCCAGGUCCUUGCACACUGUAACAUGUGCACUCAACCAAGAGCUUCACCAACUAUCCCCCACAGAUCACUUCUUCAAUACCAGCUGUUGACUUUACUACUCACCCAGAAGCAACAUGACACAUGCUCAAUGGCUUCUGGCACUGUCUUUGUCAGUAAGAAUAAAACACAGCAGACAACGUGGGGAAUUGAGCAAGGAAUGAGGCAUUAUAACCACAGUUCUUCAAAGUGUGAUUUUUUUCUCUUUCCUUUAGCAGUUGAGCAUGAGACAUUUAUUAUGAUGGUUGGGUCUGAUGAGAAGUCUAGGCUGUGUCUAGGUUGAGUGUGGAGGUGGCUGCAAUAAUUUGGAAGUAAGCUCCAUUUAAUUUCCGAGCUUUAACAUCUGCAUAAUCUUUAUGGCUCUUUAUACCAACCUCCUAGCCUACCAAGGGCAAUUUGAAGUUCAUCCAUCACCUGGGUCUUCAUAAAGAGGCAGCUGGACUCUUGCAGCCUCUCCCUGUGAAAGAUUAUCUGGCACCUGUACCUGGCUACUUCUUAAAUGCUGUCACUAGGGCUGAGAUAAAUGCCUCCUUCAGAAUAGCCUCGGUGACUGAGGGAUAAUGUACAACAUCCCUGGCCAUCUGCUUCUUUUUCAUUUCAGAUUCUUUCCUGAGAAACUCACAAUGGCAUCCACGGAGAGUUUAAAGGAUGAGGCUCUCCUUCGUUGCGCAGAUCUGUUCAUAGCUAGCGAUGCAUUUCAUGGUGCCCAGUGUGGGAGCGGUUACUUUUAAUAGUGUCAACUUUACUGUAUCAUCUCUCAGUGCUAAUUCUCAAUCUUUUGUUUUCUUGGAAAUGAUUAGUGAAAGGGGUAUCUCUACUUGUGAAAUUGUGAAGUACAAUAUUAGCCCAAGGGCAUGUAGUAAACAGUCCUGCUCCCAGGG